AUGUCAAAAUCUGACAUCUCAAGCACCUCUGAGGCAGACGAGGUGCUACCAACCCCAGCAAAGCCGACCUUUUGGGGCCGAUUCAAGGCACAUAUGAAGAGGUUCUGGUGGGCUUAUUUAAUCGCAUUCUGCAUCUCUGUCCUAGUCAUCAUUCUACCACUCCUUUAUGUCGGGAUUCCCAAUUUCGCGAAUGACUAUAUCAACAAAUACGAGUAUGACACCGAUGGCCUCGAGAUUACCAACCCCCGGCCUACUGCCUUCCAUAUUAAACAAAAGAAAACACUGAAAGUUGGAGGUGGAUUCAGUGGUAGUGGCCAUAUGGAUGCAUUCAAUGCCACGUGUCGUCUCAAAGACACCGACGAGGUUUUUACAGUAUUCCCUGUGCCAAAGUUUGCAUUUGGCAGUGGAGCCACUCUUGAAAUAGACGAAGAUAUGAAUUUGUCUUGUGUCGAUUGUCUGUCGCGAUUGACUACUGCAGCUGCAUCUAACAAAAGCUCUUCCAUUUUGAUCGAAGGUUCGCCGAAUUUGAAAUAUGGUGCUCUACCGACUGCUCAUUUGAGCAUUCAUAAAAUAAUGCAUGUGGGUAGCUAUAAUGUCACAGACUUCAUGAAUGCCGAAGGCGCAUUCAACGUUACCAAGAUGGAACUCCUGGAUCCUCCCGUUGAUGGGUAUAAUUUCAAUGCUACAAUCUCUGUGCGCAAUCCGAGUCCCUUCGUUGUCGAGCUGGGACAUGUGACUUUCAAUCUCACCUUGGGUGGCUCAGACCUGGGUUGGGUCGAUCUGCCCUAUCUCUUUCUGGGAAAGUCUAUCACCAACACUACGGUCCUCGGGUCAGUUGACAAAGAAAUGUUAAUUCACGAGGCCAUUGCGGGCGACGAUGACAUUGGCACGGUGACUAUUGGCGUUCAUGGGAGAAGUUGUUCUUUUAAGGGUGUCGAUAUCCCUUACUUCACAGCAGCUGUCAGGGCCAUGUCUGCUUCGGCAAGAAUCGAUCUAUUAGAAUACGCAUCAAGCCUAUUUUCUUGA